ACAAAACCAGACUCGUCGAGAAGGUUGGCGAGUCUAUAUAACUAUGUGGAUAGUUGGUAUAUAUAAUAUAUAAGUGAAUGUUUUUAAAACAUUACAUGCCGCCUACUACUACAGCUGCAGUGUUCGACUUGAUACGUUGUUUGAUCUGCUACUUUGGCCAUUUAAAAAAUAAAACGUAAAUUUUACAUAAUAUAAUAUAUUCAUAUACAAUAUGUAUCUCAUACCACCGAACGAGACGCAAAUCGCACACAUAAAGAAUGAAGAUUUCUAUCAACCGUUACACAGACUCGAAGAAGAUGUCACUCGGCUCAUGGAAUGGUUGACUAAACAACCACACUUACCUAAUAUUACUGAUAGAACAUGGUUAGCGCAUUUUAUAACUGGAUGCAAGUAUAAUUUGCAAAGAUCAAAGCAAGUUAUUGAUUCAUAUUUUGUAGCACGGGCAGAAUAUCCAGAAUUUUUUGGCUCUUUUACUAGAGAACAGCUAAAAGAAGCUAAUAAACAAGGAUCUGUAUGUUUGUUCCCGAAACUGACGCCGGAGGGUAACCGAAUUUUCUGUACCACGACCCGUCAAUCGUCGGACGAUGAAAAAUACGACGUCAUGGUGUUUUGUCAAGUGUCUAUUGCCAUUAUGGACUUGCAGCUCAAAUUGGAGCCCAUGUAUGGCAACAUUAUUCUGUACGACCUGAAACACAUCCGACUGGCUCAAUUCAUGGCUUUCACGCCCACCUUAACAAAAAAUCUGUUAAGAUGUUGUAUUGAUUCAUUCCCGCUGCGAGUAAAAACUGUCCACUACAUUAACCCGCCCAAGUUCAUGAGUCGCCUUAUCGCGUUCUUCAAGCUAUUUGUCUCAAACAAAAUCAGAGACAGAAUAUUUGUACACGAUUCACUGGAAGAUUUGUACCAGUACAUUCCAAAAGACGUAUUGCCAGACUUAUACGGUGGCACUGGUGGAAAUCUGGAAAAAUAUGAAGAGGAUAUGUUGGAACUUUUGAUGGCUAACAAAGAAUGGUUGGAAGCACGACCAAAAGCCGACUUGUCAAGACGACCAGAACAUACAAAAGCAGAUGAAUUGGACAUGAAUGGUACAUUCAAACAAUUACAGAUUGACUGAAUUUUCACUCUAAAACAUAUUGGUUAGGAAUAUAAUAGAAUAAUAGAUAGUGAUUAUUAAUAUUAUUCGUAAUUUAUUAUAAAUAUACAAUAUAGUCUUUAAUAUAAAUGUUA